GACUUGCCCACCAAGCCACCUACGACUACGAUUGAAGACUUUAUCCUAAAUUCUUCGUUAUCGUAAAAUAAAAUUUAAAAAAGGCAAGUAAAUCUUAGGAAAGUUCCAAAAUCCAAACUCCAAGAUCCCAAAAUCCCCCAAUACCUACUUUUCCCCCCUACAUAAACCCUUCCUCUGCUCGUCCUUCCUCAUUCAAAAAAACCUCCAAGCUUUUUUUCUUUCUGUCGAUUUCUGUUGUAUAAUUUCCUAAAAUGUGUGGCGGUGCUAUCCUCGAUGAUAUAAUCCCAAGGAGCAACCAGCAGCGACGCGGUGUCGCUGCCUCUGACCUCUGGCCUAACUCCCCAUUCGCUAAAGUUCCCACCUUUACCUCUGAUCUCCGUCACUCCAGUUAUGACGUUUCAUUCCCUGGCCUGAAAAACCCUCGACCCCAAUUCUCUCCAGGUGAUGAGCAAGUGGAGAAAAAACCGAAGAGGGUGAGGAAGAACCAGUACAGAGGUAUAAGGCAACGUCCCUGGGGCAAAUGGGCGGCGGAGAUUCGCGAUCCGAGAAAAGGCGUUCGUGUUUGGCUCGGUACGUUCAACACUGCUGAGGAAGCGGCUCGUGCCUACGACAGAGAGGCCCGGAAAAUCCGCGGUAGUAAGGCCAAAGUCAAUUUCCCCAACGAAGACGAUGACUUCUCCACGCAAAAUUACCAGCGGAACCACUGCAACCAGACCAUUCUCUGGAAUCCGAGUCUCAACCCAAACCCAACAGUUUGUCCACAAAGGGGAAACGCUAAUUUCAACCAUACUUAUGGGUUUGGUAAUGAUUUGUAUAACCAGAUUGGGGCCUCUGCUACAGACCCCAUUGUCAUACCUGGAGAGGAAAUUUCUGGGUCUGGUUUGCAGGGGACGUACUCAUCAGUCGACCAAAAUGAGGAAAUUUCUGGGUCUGGUUUGCAGGGGACGUACUCAUCAGUCGACCAAAAUGAGGAAAUUUCUGGGUCUGGUUUGCAGGGGACAUACUCAUCAGUCGACCAAAAUGAGGAAAUUUCUGGGUCUGGUUUGCAGGGGACAUACUCAUCAGUCGACCAAAAUGAGGAAAUUUCUGGGUAUGGUUUGCAGGGGACGUACUCAUCAGUGGACCAAAAUGUAACCGGGGAUCGUCAUUACGCUGAAGUGAAGACAGAGCAGCAAGAUGAGAAACCAAUGAACCCGGAAGAGGCAGCAGCUGCGGCGAAAGCUCUGGAGGAGGAGAGCGAAGUGCGGAAGCUCUCGGAAGAGUUGAUUGCUUACGAGAACUACAUGAAGUUCUAUCAGAUCCCGUGUUUUGAUGGACAAUCACUGCCGCAAAACAAUACUGUUUCACAGGAGACUAUCUUCGGUGAUCUAUGGAACUUUUGAUGAAUGACGGUGGGGGGUGGGGUGGUGAUGGUGGUGGUGGUGAUGCUGCGCCUCGGCGGAGACUGUUAGAACAGUCUUAUUAUUAUUGUUUUUAAAUUUAUAUAUGCAAUAUUUUAUUUUGUACUGUACAUAGAGAAUUGAAAAAAAAAAUUUCAUUAUCA